AAAGUACAUAUUAAGAGAUAUGUCUGUUGCUUUAUGCAUAGGGGCCUUCAUUAUCACAUGCAUUAUGCAUUGGGUUUACAACUGGAGAAACCCCAGAUGCAAUGGAAAGCUCCCACCAGGUUCCAUGGGCUUGCCACUACUGGGAGAGACCCUUCAGUUCUUUGCUCCCAAUACCUCGUCGGACAUUCCUCCUUUUAUAAAAGAGAGAAUGGAAAAAUAUGGGCCAGUUUUCCGGACCAGUUUGGUGGGCAGGCCCGUCGUAAUAUCAACGGAUUCGGAUCUCAAUUACUUCAUCUUUCAACAAGAAGGACGCUUGUUCCAGAGUUGGUAUCCAGACACCUUUACAGAGAUCUUUGGACGACAGAAUGUGGGUUCCUUGCAUGGGUUCAUGUACAAGUACCUUAAGAAUCUGGUUUUGAAUCUGUUYGGUCCUGAAAACCUGAAAGAAAAGCUGCUCCCAGAAGUGGAAGAGGCAGCAAGAAAAAGUUUACAUCUGUGGACAUGCCAGAAUACUGUGGAACUGAAGGAAGCCAUUUCAACUAUGAUAUUUAAUCUGACAGCAAAGAAGCUGAUCRGUUAUGAUGCAACCAAGUCGACAGAGAAYCUGAGGGAGAACUUUGUUGCCUUCAUAAAAGGACUUAUCUCUUUCCCUCUGGAUAUUCCUGGAACACAAUAUCAUAAAUGCUUGCAGGGRCGGAAGAAGGCAAUGAAGCURCUGAAGGAUAUGCUAGWGGAGAGACGUGCAAUGCCUSAGAAGCGCCAUGGGGAUUUCUUUGAYCUCGUCGUUGAAGAACUGGAGAAACAAGGAACCGUUCUAACAGAGUCUAUUGCUCUGGAUUUGAUGUUUKUGCUUCUCUUUGCUAGCUUUGAGACUACUUCCCUGGCUCUAACCUUAGGCAUGAAGUUUCUYUCAGACCACCCUUCAGUGCUGAAAAGRCUGACGGAAGAGCAUGAGGCUAUUCUAAGAAGAAAGGAGAAUGGUGAUUCUGGGCUUACAUGGAAAGAUUACAAAUCAAUGACUUUCACAUUUCAGGUUAUUMACGAAAUAGUUAGGCUGGCAAAUAUCGUCCCUGGAAUUUUCAGAAAAGCAUUGCAUGAUAUCCAUUUUAAGGGAUAUACAAUUCCUGCAGGCUGGGGGGUUAUUGUCUGUCCUCCAGCUGUACACUUGAAUCCUGCCAAAUAUGAAGACCCAGUUGCUUUCAAUCCAUGGAGAUGGGAUGGGGUGGAACUAAAUGGUGCAACCAAACAUUUCAUGGCUUUUGGCGGUGGGAUGAGAUWUUGUGYUGGAACGGACUUCACCAAGRUGCAGAUGGCUGUCUUCUUUCACUGCUUGGUUACAAAGUAUAGGUGGACAGCAGUCAGCGGAGGAGACAUACUUCGUACGCCUGGGUUGGYGUUUCCCAAUGGUUUUCACAUUCAGAUUUCAGAGAAGAAAUGAAA